GCGCCCCUGCGCACCACACAAGUUGGAGCACGCGCUCGUGUAGCAGCCGUUCAGGGAAGUUCUGGACGUGAACAUGGCGUUGAUCUGCGGAGCUGUCAUCAGUCCUUCCAGUAAAACAACCGCUGCCAGAGCCGCGGCAGAAGUCUGAAAGGCGGCGACGGAUCACCUACGACCGCUCCUGCUCAUUUUCUGCAUUAAUCCCUCUUUUUUCUUUUCUCCCGCCGCCCCCCGCUUCUUUUGGGAUUCCGUUUACACCGAAGAAAAUAGGCUGCGGAACGGAGUUGACAGCUAAGGUGCACGGCUAACGUUUACCUCCACCGUUUGACCACUAACUCCGGGGCUACCCAUCUCUUUUGCUAACAGGCGCUAGCCGGUGGAAGCUAGCCGUCUCUGGUUUGGUUAACUCGUCGUGCCGUCGGAGCUUUUAGCCGAUCGAUACCAGCGCGACAUGAUCCGUUAACUGUUGCUGACAUUCACUGUUUUAAUCUAACGUUACUUGUCUGCGUCGCACUGCAUGCCGCUUUGCUUUAGGUUUUAUUCUUAGUCAAAUAUAUAUAAGAAAAUGUCAGACAACCAGAGCUGGAACUCCUCCGGUUCUGAGGAAGAUCUGGACCCCAGAGAGGAGUACGGACACCCCGUUGGAGUCGCCGAGUUCAGCGGAGUCCUCAGUAAGUGGACAAACUACAUCCAUGGCUGGCAGGACCGCUGGGUUGUGCUGAAAAACAACACACUGAGUUACUACAAGUCUCAGGACGAGACAGAGUACGGCUGCCGGGGUUCCCUCUGUCUCAGCAAAGCUGUCAUUACUUCUCAUGAGUUUGACGAGUGCCGGCUGGAUGUCGGCGUCAACGACAGCGUUUGGUACCUCAGAGCUCAGGAUCCAGAGCACAGAAACCGGUGGAUCGACUCCAUUGAGCUGCACAGAAGUAUCAGAGAGGGGAAGAGAGAGAAGGGAGGAGUCCAGGGAACAGUAAUCAUCCCUCCACCACUGGCUGAUCCUGGAUAUGGCUCAGAGUCCAGUCUGCGGCGUCACGGCUCCAUGCUGUCACUCACAUCAGCCACCAGCGGUUACUCCGCCACCUCCACGUCCUCCUUCAAGAAGGGUCACAGCCUGACGGAGAAGCUGGCAGAGAUGGAGACGUUCAGAGACAUCCUGUGCAGGCAGGUGGACACGCUGCAGAAAUACUUUGACAGCUGCGCAGACGCUGUGUCCAAGGACGAGCUGCAGAGAGACAAAAUCGUGGAAGAUGAUGAAGACGACUUUCCAAACACUCGAGCUGAUGGAGAGUUUCUGUGUAGCAAUGGCAACAAAGAGAAAUUGUUUCAGACCUUGAGUCAGAAGGGGAUCAACGGCAUCGACUUUAAGGGGGAGGCCAUCACAUUCAAGGCCACCACGGCUGGGAUCCUGGCCACGCUGUCCCACUGCAUCGAGCUCAUGGUGAAGAGAGAGGACACCUGGCAGAAGAGACUGGAUCGGGAAAUGGAAAAGAGAAGAAGAAUAGAAGAGGGUUAUAAGUCUGCCCUCAAUGAGCUGAAGAAAAAGUCUCAUUUUGGAGGUCCAGAUUAUGAGGAAGGUCCCAACAGCCUCAUCAACGAGGAGGAGUUUUUUGACGCCGUGGAAGCCGCUCUGGACAGACAGGACAAGAUAGAGGAGCAGACUGAGAAGACCAGGAUCCAACGAGCCAGUCCGGUUCCUCCUGAAGACACCUAUUCCAGCAGUGGAACACACAGAUUCUCCCCUAAGGUGGAGGAGAUGGUACAGAACCACAUCACCUACUCCCUGCAGGAUGUAGGUGGAGAUGCCAACUGGCAGCUGGUGAUAGAAGAGGGAGAAAUGAAGGUUUACAGGAGGGAGGUGGAGGAAAAUGGGAUCGUACUGGAUCCACUGAAGGCCACCAUCUCAGUGAAGGGGGUGACCGGCCAUGAGGUCUGCCACUUCUUCUGGGACACCACGUACCGCAACGACUGGGAAACCACUAUUGAAAACUUCAAUGUCGUGGAGACGCUGUCGGAGAACGCGGUAGUCGUGUAUCAGACCCACAAGCGGGUUUGGCCGGCCUCUCAGAGAGACGUCCUCUACCUCUCUGCCAUGAGGAAGAUCGCAGCCAACAACGAGAACGACCCGGACACGUGGCUCGUCUGCAACUUCUCCGUCGAUCACGAUGACGCCCAGCCAACCAGCAGAUGUGUCCGGGCCAAAAUCAACAUCGCCAUGAUCUGCCAGACCCUGGUCAGCCCACCAGAGGGAGACAAAGAGCUCAGCAGGGACAACAUCUUGUGUAGAAUCACAUACGUGGCCAACGUGAACCCUGGAGGCUGGGCUCCUGCCUCCGUCCUCAGAGCCGUCGCUAAGAGGGAGUACCCCAAGUUCCUCAAACGCUUCACCUCCUACGUGCAGGAGAAAACUGCAGGCAAACCCAUCUUAUUCUGACGCUCCCAGGACUGAGACAUCAAGACAGAAGCUGAAGCUUGGAGGACAGACCGAGCUGCUGUCAACACAUCAUUCUCCUCCCCUCUAACUUUCAGUUUCUGCUAUUUAACCACAAAAUGCUUCAGAUUUCACGUGUUUGUGCGAGCAUGGCAGCCAUCUUGGAUUUUGAGACUGGGAUUGGAGAGGUUUCCGAUCCAACUUUCAGCCCGUUUUUUCCACAGGGUCGUGUGAAACUCGUCACCGUGAAAGGAAUGCAGCUCUGCUCCCAGAGACGCAGCAGCCAACAGAAUCUGUCCUCGUCACGUUGAAAUGUUCCACCUGGAAGACGCUUGUCAAACUAAAACUUCAGCCGUUAGACUCGGAUGUUCACAUGUUGAUUUUUAACGAGGAGCUUGUUUCAUGCUGCUGUGAAACACGACUGAGACGACCUUCCUGAGGGCCGUCACGAGUCUUGGUCUCUCUAAUGAAAACACCUCCCAGGUGCUGAAGGAAAGACCAAAGAUGCUUUCUGUAUUUCCUCGUGUUGAAUGUGUAUUUGUAAAUAGUUUGAGCGCCAUGUUUGCUGAAGGUCUGCAGAGCUUUGUUGGGUCUUCAGCUCAGACCAGAUGCCUUAGUCUUACUGAGAACUGUAGAUCCAGACGGGUUGGAAUCACUAGUGAAGUGCCUCGUGGCUGUUUCCUCUUACCUUCAUCCUUUUUCUGUUUACUUAACACUUGAACCUGAUGGCGAGUUUCUCCUGGUUUCAGGAAAGGCCGGCGCCAUCCGUCAGAUUCAGUAUUAAGAUGUCAGAAUAAUUUCAGUGCGGUCAAAGCGAACUGGCUCCUGUCAGUAUUUUUAGGAUUUGUUACGUCUGAACGGACAGCUGCAGCAGUCAAACCUCUCAGCUGUCUUCUCCAUUUAAAUAAAGCUUAUUUUCCUUCCUGUAACAGUGUUCCUGAGUCCAGGUGAAGCCACGAACACGGCGGCGUACAGUUGAAAUGUCUUUAAACUGUCGGCGUGUUUUCUGAACAGGCUUCUCUUCAAACAGCCUCUGGUUGGGUGUUUAUCACCCAGACGGUUUCAACCCGUUUCCUGUUUUCAGGACUUCUUGUGGUGGAUUUAGCGUUUAAUCAGCUGCUUCCUGCUGACAGACGUGUGUGAGAGGCGCAGUGAAGCCAGAUGAUGCUCAGCGUGGCUGCUGAGUGGAGAAACUCCAGGCUGAAGCUCUUUCACCUGAUUUCUGAUAAAGGUUUAGCUGCUGGCAUGAAUGUAAUUACAACCAUUUUUGUAAAUUUGUUCAUACCAACGCUGUGGGAUCAACUUAUAAAUGUACUGUGAUGACAUGGCGCCUGUUCUACGCCGCUUCAGAAGUGAAAUAAAUAAGUUUAUCCUUCA